GAGCUUCUACAUGUACCUUGAAAAGAAAAUUUGGUAUUGAUAAAUUGCAAAGACAAAUACAUGUAAACUACAUUAGUCAAAUACAGACUUGUGAAGAACUAGCAAGUAUAUAAAUUGCUUGUUUAUUUACAAAGAAAUGAGACAAAUACUUUAAUUCAAGUGAGUCAUCGAUGGAGGAAAAUACUGACAUUGGGAUAUUAGAUUUACCACCGGAUGUUGUUGUUCACAUUUUUAAAUUCAUCAAUCAUAAAGAUUUGUUAUUUUCAGUAAAAAACACAUGCCAACAAUGGGAUCAGCUUAGUAAGUCAAAGUCACUUUGGAAAACUCUAAAUGCUGCAGAUUUCCCAGACUAUGCCUUUACUACAAAGUUAUUCCUGGAGUUAUUACGAGAUGUUUGUGAGUCUAUAGAAUCAUUGUACUUUGAUCUUACUCAUCAUAAUCAGAAGAUUAUCAAGCAUGAAGGAAUAUUAUGUUCAAAUCUUAAAGAGAUUUGUAUUGGACAGUACAGAAAUAGCCUGUGCGAUGUUAUCCCAACACCUGAAUUUAAUAACUGUUUGUUGAGGCUUUCAGAAAAAUAUCCCAAUCUUACAAAGCUACACAUAGUAAACCAGGUUCUAAUAUAUGAAGACAUUUUCAACAAUCUAGAGGUUUUUGUAUUUGAAAGUUAUGAGAGGUCAGAAGACAGAAUUGAAGUCUCAGAAUUUCUUCAACAGCAUGAGAAGUUAAGGCAUAUUACAUUGAGAGGAUGCAUUUUAUCAGUUGCCACAGUUACAAAACUGUUGACAGGAUACAGUGAUUUGGAAACUUUAGAUUUAUGUGAAUCAGUGCUUGUGCAGGAUGACUUGAAUCAUGUGUUAAACAUUGAAGAUAUGAAAAUUGAAAGUUUGCGAACAUUAAACCUUAAUGGAACAGAUCUUGUAGAUGGACUUCUACAGAAAAUAGCCAAAAAAUCAAAAUGCUUAGAGUACCUGAAUGUAGCUAAAUGUCCAAGGAUUACAAAUUCAGCUAUUGAAAUGGUAGCAAAAUACAGUGACAAGCUAAAGACCCUGAUUAUCAAUGAUGAAGGAGGAAAUUAUUCUGAAGGUGGGUUUUGUGAUGUCACAGGGGCGGGGUUGGAAAGGAUUGCAGAAAACUGCCAUAAUUUGACUGUUCUAAAGAUAAAUGACUGUCCAGAAGUGGGUGAUAAUAGUGUGGCUGCUAUCAUAAAAGGUUGUCCUGAACUUGAAGAGUUUGAAGUGUCUGGUUGUUUGUCCCUACAAGAUGUGACUGUUCUUUCACUGGUAAAAAACUGUCCUAAAAUUAGACGUCUGAAUCUAGGGAAUUGUCCUCAACUCACUGGGAAAUCUGUCAGUUCAGUUUUAAGAUGUUGUAAAAGUCUAAAAGAUUUGGAUAUUGAAACUUGUAAUAGAGUGACUGAUCUUGAUUUAGUUGACACUGAAGCUUGUAGAACUUUUGCACAAAUUAAUGAAAUUGAUAAAGACACAGGAAAGGAAGUAGCAAAGGCUGAAGCAGUUCUUGGUGUGCUUAUACUUGAUGCUGUUGAAGAAAUAAACGAUUCAAAGGACAAGCUGUAUGAUGAAAUGACAGGAAAUGCUAGGGAUAUGAUGCUAGAGGAAAAAAUGUCAGAUGGUAGUCAAAAUAAUGAUAAGUCAGACAAAUCUUGUUUAAAUAGUGAUGUGAAUGAGAAAAGAAGUUCCAUUUUGUCAGAUGGUUCUGAUGCAAAGUUAAUAUGUAAACUUGACCAAUCUAUGCAAUAUCUCGAGUUUCUUAGCAACUGUUGUCAUGUUAGUGUUUUAAACUUGAGCUUUUGUUCGGGAAUUACAAACAGCUGUAUAAAACAGCUUGCCUGGCAUUGUCCUGAUUUGCGAGAGCUUAACAUAGCUGCAUGUUACAUGGUAACAAAUGCAGGUGUCAAAGAACUGGUUCAGUGUUGCAAGUUUCUCCGGCAUCUCAACAUUUCCGGUGGAGCGGUCACUCAGACAAGUCGGCUAACAGACGAUUGCCUGUCGGAUAUUGUAAAACAUGGCAAAAAUCUCAAAGAGCUGAUAGUUCAGAAAAACUACAACAUAAGUGCCGAUGGCGUGCUAAACAUUGUCCAGAACUGUGAGGAAAUUGGGUUAAUUUGUGUUGAGGCAAGUCAAAGGUCAAACCUCAGCAAGGACAUGUUGAUUGAUGUAAUGGGCCUGGUAAAACAUAAAACAACCUGCUUACAAAUCAAAGCCGACAUACAGAUAGAAAUUAAGGUGUUGAAAGAUGCAGAAUUUGAUAUAGGCAAAAGAUACUAGUUAGAUAGGAAUAGUAGCAGUGAUUCAAAAGAUAAAAGUUAUUAGAUAAUAUUGUUUUACCUCAAGUAUCUAUUA